AUGUCGCCUAUAAUUUCUGUUAAAACUUCCAAAGAUAUACGAAAAAUUGUUGAAUUAUCGGAUACAGGUUGUGAUGCCAGGUUACCAGUAUCUAAAAUUGCACGACACAUUAAUCGAUCUCAUUCUCCAAAAUUUACCAAGAUAAAACAGCACAGAAAUUGGGAAUCGUAUUGCCCAGAAAAAAUCGAAAAUAAAUCUUACGGAGAAAGAUUUCGCGUACAAAAUGAAUCUGACGCAAUGGAUACUGAAGAAUGUUUCUUUAUACUUAAAGAAGAUGGAACUAAUCAGUACUACUGGCAAAAUCACUCUCCACAUGAAGAUUUUACUGAAAACGUAGAAUGCAAAAGAAGUCCAGGGUCCAAAGACUUGAGAACCAAAUUAAGAGCAUCAGCCGAUAGAUUAAGAUCAAAUUCCUGUGAACCAGAUGACGACUCUUACGAAAUCUCAAACACAUUUCGCAAUAAUCCUAACAUAACUCAUGAAAAUAUUCUAAACGAUAUAAAAAAAAACAAUCCUCAAUCCUAUCCAACGAGACCAAAAAGUGCUGGAGCUAAAUUAAAAUUCGCUCGUUCCAAUUAUUCUAACAAUAGAUUAGAUACUAACCUUAUCGAUCAACCUAUUACCGAUAGAGGAAUGAUCUCUGUGAAACAAGAUUAUUCAGAAGACUUCAUAUCCAAAGAAAUCCCACGAAAUUCACCAAGAUACCAGAAACUUCACUGGCAAAGACUGAAUAUGUCCUCUUGCAACGAUACUGAAGACCAUAUCGACGAAAUAUCGUAUAGAAAUCACAGAUUUUCUAAGUACAGUUCAAGAAACGAAAAACCAGUCAGCUCAGCGAAUCCAAAUAAAAUAUCAAAAGAUUGGAUUGAAUUGACUCCAGACAGAACUCGAUCCAGAACAUGGUCAUCACCUAUAGAUCGACGAAAAAAAACACGAUGUUUUUCAAAAAAUAUCUGUGAAAACUUAGAUCAAAUUGAAAAUAAACAGGAUAAUAAAAUUUCAAAUAACGAAUAUUCUAGAUAUUCUAGGUUAAGAAACACGAAUUCUAAUUGUUCCAUAGACAAAUCAAGACGAUUCGUGGAUCGCGCAGUGGAUAAAGACAGUUUAUCUGACUUACGAAAUGUUUGUACAUCCACUGAACAUCUUUCUAGCUCGACUAUUUUUGACACGUUGUCGAAUCAAGUUGAAAAGAGUAAUAUUAAAAGUAGCUUCUGGGACUUUAUUCCAUUGGACAAUAAAACUAAUGGAAAAUGCAAAGAAGUUUCUGAAAAUAAGAAAAUUGAUUAUCCAUAUCAGCAACACGUUCCUUUAGACAGUAAUACUUGUCCAAUUCUGAAACAUUCAGUGAAGAAUAAUGACGAUUCAAAAUGGAAAAAUAGAUUUCCGCAAAACGAUUCUGUGAAUAAUCCAUCGCCAUUAAUAAAACGUCAAAAUGCAUCAGAAACUACUGAUGAUAAAAGAAGCUUCUUUGUUUCUUCUUCCUAUAAUGAACGAUUUAACAAACCUUCAGCAAACAGCAAAAAAGUAAAAGAAGAAUUAAAUCCUAACCUUGAGAAAAAUCGAAUUGCAAUUACAAAUAUUCAUAAAAAUUCUAAAACUGUGGAUUCUAUAAAGAAUCAAGAGGAAUGUGAAUAUGAAUCUAAGAGUCAGAGUAAAAUUGGAAAUAAACAUACUUUUGGAUGGACAAACAAAGCAAAUAAGUAUUUGAAGAGACCAUGUAGCGUUUUAAAGAAUGAAAAUGAUAACAAGAAGAAAAUAGUGAAUGCUAGCGACAUCUCCAACGUUACCAACGAUCAGAAAGUUAGAACAAAUAUUAUGGAGAGAACAGCGGCAUGUUUGAAACGAAAAUUAGAUAAAUCGAAGAUUAAGGAAUAUUCGACGAGCAAUCAGUUUUCACCAACAGUGGUAGAGAAGAAAAUUCGUUCCGAAGUUUCAGCUUGCUCCAAAUUACCGAUAAGAAUAGGAAAUCGUCGAAGAUCGAGAAAUCCGAUGACGAGGGAUCAAUUUGAUUUCAAGUUCGUUUCUAAAGAAGAAAACAAAGAGAUAGAGAUGAAAGAAUUGAAAGAAGAUUCGUGUAGGUUAAGUUCUGUGAGAUCUCGAACGAAACCGAAAAUAAAACCGAGUGUGAAGUUAGACGAAGCGAUUGACUUUAUCGACACGGUGAAAAAUUUCCAAUCGAUGGAAAGUGGAGGAUCUAAUUUAGAAAAUCGCGUUGAUAAUAAUUCAGUUGGUAACGUAGAUACGAAGGAAAAUUCGUCGACUUUGAUAGAUUCUUCCAAAAAUGCGAAUCUGGAAAUUGAUAACAUCGUACAUGGAAAUAAUGAAGAAAUGAAAAUUUUGAACGUGGAAGAAGAUCAACGAAAGAGAAAUUUCACGAACCCUAGACGAGAAAUGAAUCGUAAGAAUGGUUUGACGAAGGAAAUGGUUGAUGGUGUUGCCAGAAGUGGUCUUAAUGAGAAAUGUUGUUUUCGUUUGAAUGAUGAGGAGGGUAUUGCAUGUAAUUAUUAUAAUAAGGAACAUAGGAAUUUAGGCUUUUUUCGAUCGCGAAAGCCUACAGCAAUCAAAUCGCAGUUCUGAUAUAUUGGGAUUUAAUUAUCGAACUUAAAACGUUAACUAGACGAAAUCAUGAAAUAAAAAAUAAAAGAAAUAGAAUUGAGACAAUACGAAGCCGUGAUAAUUACACAUCGCAGACUGUAAUUGAUUCGAAAACUAUAAUAUGUAUUUUUUAAUUUCACAUAUAAAACACAUUAU